AACAAGAAAAAGUGAAUGUUAGUUGUAUUUGUAACUCAUACCAACACAAAUAUUUCGAAGGGUUAAUAAAAAUUAGAGUAGUCUAAAAAUUAUAACAUAGUUGUAGAGUGAAAAAUUGUUGUUUUAUUAUUUGUUUGCUUUAUAAAUAUAUUUCCAUAUAAAAUAGUAAUUCUUUUGUUUAUUUAUUUGUCGGCAUAUAGCCCGCCAGAUUGCAUUUAUUAUAUAGAAGUUAAUUUUUUGAUUAAUCUAUGGGUAUUCUAGAUUUAUGUAAUGAUCCAAACUAAUCUUUAAGUGAAAGUACAACAUAUAGAAAAACUCUUUCUUCGUAUAUCUAAAUGAGCCUAAAACUUGGUCUCAUAUCCACCUUACCAAAAGGUAUAGUGAAAUGGAUGCUUUGUAAUCAAAGUUCGUUUACCACUAGACUACUGCCUUGUGGUUUACUAUAUAAAAGUUAUGUUAUAUCUUGGGUCAAAAAGCUAAGAUCAUGAAAUCUUGAAUAUAUAUUACAAAAGUCUACUAUUUAUUUUCUAAAUUUACUUUUAAAAGAAACUAAAGAUUGAUAUGUGCAUCCGCACAGAUAUUGGUUCUUAAAAAACAGAAAGAGAAUAAAGAUGUUCUUAUGUUGUUUAUAUAAUUAGUGCACUUUAUUGUGUUAAAAAAAUCAGUGCAAUUUAUUAUUUUUUCCGGUUUAUAAUAUAUGAUAUUUUGAUUUAUUGCAUAAAGAUUAAAAAAUUACAUUUUUCUAGAAAAUACUUUUGAAAAUAUAAUUUUAAAACCAUUCAACCAAUUAUAAUAAGGACCGUAAAAUCUAAUUGGUUGAACAGUUUCUAAUAUAGUUAACAUUAACUUAAAAUUUCAAAGCAUUGUAUAUUUUAAAACAACAUAAAAAUUUUAAAACAUCAAAUAAUUUGAAAUGGAGGGAGUAUCAUCGAAGAAUUAUCCAAUGCUGGUAGCAGAGAACAAGGCAUGAAAGAAUCUAAAGAAAGUAGAACUAGUGGCUAAAGAUUAAUACAAAAGGACACGUACAGGUUAAGACCAUGCGCAGUAGGGAUUUUAGUUAGGUUCAUGGGCUCGAGUUCUAAUGGGCCGAUGAAUAAAAGAAAAUAAAAAAUGGGUUCGUUUUGAUGAACCGGGCCUUGCGAGUGAUACCGUAUGAAGCGGGUUCAAGCCACGCGUCGGGUGUUGAUUUGCUGAACGAAAGCGCGUAGAGGAGGAGGAAAGUUGGGGUUCGACGUGUAUCGCCUCAUUUGUUCUUCUCCACCAAAAAGCUAGGGUUUUUUUCUGAGAGGCGAUAUUUCGUGCGACUUCGUCUCCCGGAGGUUUUCUCGUUCUAAUCGACGACGGAGUGCCUUCUCCACUUGCUCAGGUGAGUAUCGAGUAGAUUGAGGGUUGAAUUUGUUCGAUUUUGUGGUGGAAACUCGAAACCGUUUUCUCGGAUUUCAAUUCAAAAUUGAGGCUUUCGCGUUAGGGAUGUAAAUCGAAGUUUGGGUUUCGAAUAAUUGCUGUAAAUCGUCAUGGUCGUUUCAUGUAGGGUUCGUUUCUCUGAAUGUUCGAAAGGGAUUUGCGAUUUGUGUGAUUUAAAAUCGAUUUGGGGUUUUUUAUUUAGGGUUCUUAAUCGAUAUGGGAGUUCAAUUGUGGUAAUGUGUGCUAAUAAUCUGUCGUUAAUGUGUGCUAAUAAUUGCGAUUGAGGGUUCACGGUUUGUUUAAAACUCGAUUGUUGCAGAUGGAAACUCCCCGAGAACCUCAUUUCUUCAAGCCUCUUCUUCCUGGUUUUCAAAGUAGCGUCGCAAUACCACUUGACUUCUACUCAAAACACAUACAAGGGGCUGAGAUCAAUAAACCAUGGAAGCUAAGAUCGGACGCUUCAGAUCAAAUUUGGGAGGUGAUCCGAGAAGGCAGGACACUCACCAAAGGUUGGAAAGAGUUCACCGAAGCACAUGAUCUUCGAAUCGGUGACAUUGUCAUCUUCAAACACGAAGGAGACAUGGUCUUUCAUGUGACUCCUUUUGGUCCUAGCUGUUGUGAGAUUCAGUAUACACAUCCUCACAUCGUUAAGGAAGAAGCCGACGCGGAUGAUGCUCCUACUUUCUCAUACGACUACUGCUUCUUGGCUGAGGUUACUCCUACAAAUCAAAAGGACGACAAAAUGUUUCUUCCUGUGGAAGCUAUGAGGUGUGGUGCUUUGAACCAACAAUGCAAAGAGGUCAAACUUGUCAACAAGGAGGAAAAGUCAUGGACUGCGCGCUUCGGAUUUAGCGAAUCAGACGGCGCAUAUUACAUCAGCAGAGGGUGGAGAAAGUUCUGUCGUGAUAACAGAUGCACCAACGGAGAUUUGUUUGUGUUCAACGUGGUUGGAGACGGGACGACAACUCCAUUACUGUGUGUAUGUCCGGAAAGGAAAGAGUGUACUGAACUACUGAUCAAGCACUUCAGCAGAAUCGAUGGUAGCAUUGCUUCUACCUCACGAAAUUAGAUGGCUCUUUUGCGGUCUUUCCUCUCUAUCAUCUUAACUUGUUUCUUUUUGUUUCAUUAGCAACUUAUCAACUUAUGUAUUUCGGUUUGUAAAACUUGAAUGGUUUUUCUAUGUGAACUUUUAUCCUAAGUUAAACAUUCUCGAAUUUAAUUCCUUUGUUGAAUGCGUAGACUGAUCAUCGAACAAAAUGUUUCUAUGAAUUGAAUUUAAGUUAAGAAACAACAUAAAAUUUUAAAACAUAGCUUUUCUACAUUUGAAAACACAAACCAAAACUUAAACUCCAAAACUAAAACAUAGGUUGAAUAAAAUAUUUUCAUAAAUUUUAUAAUAUAUUUUAAUAUUUUAUUUAUGUAUUCUGAAUAAUUUUAAUUUUUUUUUUAAAAAAAAAAUAUUAUUAUUUUAUUCCUAUAAACUUCUUCUUCGGGUCCACUAAUGCAGAAAACUACAAAUUCGGGUUUAUAACUGUUCAUGGGUCCACAAAAAAAUAUUAAAAAAAUUUGGUGAACCCCAAUGCUCAUGCUCUAAAAUACCAGCUUCCCCAAAAUCUUCAUACAUCGAAACUCGAAUCUACUUGACUUUGGUCGGUAGUGUUCAAACUCAUACGAUUCCAUCCUACAAACACGUGCCGAUGUGUAUAAGAAACCGCGUCGAUGUAUUUCUCUUCUUUAUCUUUUCCAUUUAAUAAUUUACCUAAAACUUAAUUAUACGUUUACUAAUUACAUUAAAAGAAUAUUUAUCACGAUAAUCAACAGCUAUAUUUUUGUAUAAUAAUAACGCCAAAACUAUCUUUUGUAUAAUAAAAAGAUGACAAGAGCCUUGACCACUGCGGAAUUUACAUAUAGACUGCAGCAUCCGAGAUCGAAAACCGUUACAUGAUGAGUCACCUGAUGACCUUCGAGUCCAUGCUCACUUCGGUCUCUAAUCAGGACCAUUACGGUGGGACCAUACUCGGUUAGCAAAAAAAAAAGAGAUGACAAGAUAAAUUAUCAGUAAACGUUCUCUACUUAGAAAAUUAACUAAAAAUUCCACGGUCAUAUGAUAAAAUCUACUUUUCAAUUAUUGACAACGGCCUAAAUUCGACCGACGCACAUAAACUGAGGGUUCGAAUGGAAGGUGGUAAAAAGACGUAGGACACAAUUAGGUGUGCGUACUGCACUCAAAGUUUCCAUUCAUUAUUUAUUAUUUAAUUGUGGUUCAGUUCACUGUAUAUAGUAAUGAACUGCUUGUGGUCCAAAUUUGUGAGUGAAAAAUUAUGAACCACUGUUACAGUACGUACACAACAAUACUUGAGUGUUUCUAGCAGUUCUUAUUCUUUUUCUUUAAAAUAUAUAUAUAUAUAUAUAUAUAUAUAUAUAUAUAUAUAUUCUUUUACUUGUAUAAUAUGUAGCACAUGUUAAUCUAAAAUAGCUUUAAUCCUAUAAUGCUUACAAAAGUUUAGUCUUAACAAAAGAAUAAAAAUUAUUUUGACUACAUAUAUUUUACCAUUAGACAUCAUACUUUAAUUUUUUAUAAUAUUUUAUUUUCUUUCAAUUUUUUUUUUAAAACUGAUGUGUUAAUUAAUAUUAGAACUCAAAAUUAUUAUACUAUACUAUUUUACCAAAAAACUAUACCUACUUUAAAAUCAUCAAAAUUUGAUAUAUAUUUAAUUUACACCUCUUUUUAUCAAAAUAUAAUUAUUUUUAGUUUAUCCAAUUCAUAUACAUAUUUAAUUCUAAAACUAAAAAUAAUAAUAUAUAUGUUUAAAUAAUUUCCUUUAAUAUUUUUGAAUAAACUUUUAUCAUUUCACUUAUAAUUUUUUUUAAACUCCUUUAAUUUAUGACAAUGUAUAGUAUUAUAAAAUUUUAUAUUAAUUAAUUUAAAUUUGUACAGUAAUUUGAACCACUUUUUAUCCACUUUCACCAUUCAAACAUACGUUUUGAACCGCUAGAACCGCUAGAUCC